ACCUAUUGUUUGCUCCGACACGGUAGCCAAUCAAUUUAUCGCCUUUUACAGUCUCUGUUUUGUGCAUUUUGUGUAAAAACGCGGUGAAUAAGCCUAAUUUUAUUAAGAUCGAAGGUGAGGUAGCGCAAUUAAAUAAUUACCUCACUUUAAAAACUUUUAUGAUGGCGCAAAACAGUCGAUUAUAUUUAUUUAAAAGACGCAAGAGUUUUUAGGCUCAUAUCAGCCUUCUUCACAUACCUUAUUUACUUCGAAACAAAAUCAGUAAAUCUACAAUCAAGAUGACAUCAAUGUUUGACCAGUACGAGCAAGCUUCUCAGCGUUCCAAGCAAGUGCUGGUACCACCAAUUCGUCCGGAUAUUAGCACAGCUGGUUUUAUUCAAAUGAAGCUACAAGAUGAUGGACCGAUAUUCACUAAGCAAAAAGUCAACUUUCUGCCAUCGGACAAAAUUCUUCAUUUAGUUGUUAGCAGUAACACAAUUGUAAUAGCUAUGGCUAACAAUAUUUUGUUGCGCAUUGACAUGAAACAACCUGAUAAAACUGAAGAAAUUGACAUAUCCAAAUAUGCACUAAGCAUGAAAAUGUCCGGCUUGUUUUUGGAUCCAUUGGGUCAUCACUUGUUGAUAACUCUGGUAUCAAAGCACGGAGAGAAUCCACUUCCAGAAUUAUUCUAUUUAUAUAGAAAGACAACAAAACUCAAGCAGGCUGGAAAGUUCAAGGGCCAUGAAAUCACCGCAGUGGGUUGGAAUUUUUCUAAUGCUUCAGAAACGAGCACCGGUCCCAUUUUACUGGGUACUUCGAAGGGACUGAUUUUUGAGACAGAGAUUGGCUUGGAGACCGACAAGAUUUUUAAUACGAGUUUAGAGCAGUAUUGGCGUCAGCUUCCAAAUUAUCUGCCUCUUUAUGGUUCAAAAGAGGCAGGAGGAUUGGUAUUUGAUAUAGGAAAAAAUAGCAAACCUCCAAUCACUGGAAUAGAAUUCCACAAAAUUCCUAAUUCGGAUAAAUACGUGAUCAUCGUAACUACUCUUAUGCGCAUUUAUCAAUAUAUCGGCGCCAUUGGCAAUCCCGAAGAGAAGCCUCUCUUGCAACAAGUGUUCUACAGAUAUUUGAAUGCACAAGAGACCUUCAACGAAGUAAUAAAUUCUUUAUCAUAUUCAAAGAUGCAAUUUUAUUAUCCAUCAUUGGGCGUCCUGCCAAAAUCUUUUGGAUGGCUGACGGAAGCUGGUAUCCUGUACGCUCAGGUGGACGCGAAACCGGACACGAACAAUGUGCUGAUCAACCAACGGAUGUUGACGUGCCCAGAAACGAGUCUCAUGGGCAGUAACGGUCCGCAAACCACUUCGAUACCAUUGUCUUUUGUGCUGACGGAAUUCCAUGCGCUAUUAUUGUAUUCAGAUCAUGUGAAGGGUAUAUCACUGCUAAAUCAAGAAUUGAUUUUCGAAGAUGUUUAUAACGACGCAGUCGGUAAAUUAAUCGGCAUUACCAAAGAUCCGGCGACAAGAUCGAUUUGGGCUUAUAGCGAGCGAGCUGUUUUCAAGUAUAAAGUAACGAAAGAAGAUAGAAAUGUUUGGCAGGUAUAUAUCGAUAAAGGCGAAUUUGAGCUGGCUAAGCAAUAUUGCAAAGAUAAUCCGGCGCACAUCGACCAAGUGCUCGUGAAACAAGCGGAAAUGCUCUUCAAGAAUAAAGAAUACGAAAAGAGCGCUCUAAUAUAUGCUGAUACUCAUUCAUCUUUCGAGGAAAUUUCAUUGAAAUUUUUGCAGGAAUGGCAAAUCGAAGCAUUGAAAACAUUCUUACGUAAGAAACUCGAUGGCUUGAAGAUGCAAGACAAGACGCAAAUAACAAUGAUUGUCAUUUGGGUGACUGAGCUAUUUAUGAAUCAAAUGGGAGCUCUCCGCAGUAGCAACACAUCCUAUCUUCAUGAUAUGCAGUACACGGAAUUGCAGAAGCAGUUUGACAGCUUCCUCAUUAUUCCAAAAGUCGAGGAAUGUAUCAGGAGAAAUCGCAGCACAAUAUACGACUUAAUGGCCAGUCACGGUGACAAAGAUAAUCUGAUACGUCUGACAAUAAUGCACUGCAAUUAUGAGGAAGUGAUUCGUCAACAUCUAUAUAAAAAUAACUAUUUAGAGGCGCUAGGGGUGCUUAAAAGUCAGAAUAAUAAAGAUCUUUUUUAUCAAUUCGCCGGCAUACUGUUACAAGAGUUGCCACGGCCUACGGUGGCUGUCUUGAUUUCACAAGGAUCUUCACUGAAGCCAGCAAAGCUUCUGCCAGCUUUGGUCUCAUGCAACAGUGACGAGAAACACGCGAAAGAAAUUAUUAAAUAUUUGGAGUUUUGCGUAUACAAACAGGGUUCACAAGAGCAAGCAAUUCACAAUUUUCUUUUGUCCCUGUAUGCACGUUACAAGCAGGAUGAAGUAAUGCGAUAUAUAAGCUCUCAAGGUCAAGAUAUCAGCAUGGUGCACUAUGAUGUGCAUUACGCGCUGCGAUUGUGUCAAGAGGUAGGCUUGACAGAAGCCUGUGUGCAAUUAUCGGCUUUACUCGGUCUGUGGAUCACUGCUGUAGAUCUUGCGCUUACAAUCAGUGUAGAGCUUGCCAAGCAGAUUGCUGCUAUGCCAUCUGAUCAUGAUGACGAGCUGAGGAAAAAACUAUGGUUGAAGAUAGCGGAGCAUGUGGUACGAGAAAAGGACGACAUACAGCAAGCAAUGGAAUUUUUGCAACACUGCGAUUUAGUUAGGAUAGAAGAUAUUUUACCCUUUUUCUCCGAUUUCGUCACGAUUGAUCAUUUCAAAGAAGCUAUUUGCAAUUCCCUGCAGGAAUACAAUCAGCAUAUUCAAGAUCUUAAGGAAGAGAUGCAGGAAGCUACGAAAGCAGCAGAGCUAAUACGGAAGGACAUUCAAGCCUUCAGAACUAGAUGCACUUUUGUGCAUGCGCGAGACACGUGUAAUACAUGUGAAGUGCAACUGUUGCUGAGACCUUUCUAUGUAUUUCCCUGCGGUCAUAAAUUUCACAGCGAUUGUUUAGUGGCAGCGUUAACGCCGAUGCUAUCCAUGGAUCAGAGGACAAAAUUAGCAGAUCUUCAGCGACAGUUUACAGCUAUUUCAAAUCGGCCCGAAGAUACCACCUCGACGACCUCUGUGUCAUUGUCCACGAGAGACAAAAUCAAGACUGAUAUCGAUGAGCUGGUCGCUUCAGAGUGUCUCUACUGUGGAGAACUUAUGAUAGAAUCAAUAGAUAAACCAUUUAUUGAGGAAGAGGAUUAUGAACGCGUAAUGAAGGAAUGGACGUAAUGAAAAUUUCUCACUGAAAAUGUGAUAGAGUACGCUUAUCUCUUUUAUUUUUAAGAGAUUAAUUGCGCUCUGUAUACAUAUAUAUCUAUACAUGAUAAUUGAUAAUAGCUUGGUUAAGCAUAAAUUAUUAUACUCUCAACAUUAAAUUUUUGAGACUUGAAAUU